CAGGUCGGGGUCACGAAAAAGGGAUGCUGCAUAUUUUGUAGUAUCUUCUCAGCAUAAAAAACAAUCCAAGAAAUUAAGAACAAACGCUUUCUUUACCUUUUCUCAAACAAAACAAAUCCUCUUACUACAAUUAAUCAUGACCAAAUCACUUCAAGGCAAAGUUGCAGUGUUGACGGGUGCUAGCCGAAACAUCGGCAAAGCUGUUGCUACCGAACUUGUUAAACGAGGAGCCAAAGUCGUUAUUGGUGAUGUACUUGAUGCUGAAGGCGAAGCGACUGUAAAGGAGCUUAACACUAGCGCCGGUGAGAAGGUUGCAGCCUUUAUCCAUACUGACGUGACGCAGUACAGCGCUAACAGAGCCCUUUUCGCUUUGGCUGAAAGUGAAUUUGGUGGCGUGGAUAUUGCAUUUUUGAAUGCAGGCAUUGGUACAAAUGCCAACACCAUGUUCUUGCCUAUGGAUGAUGCUAUGGAUGAUCGUAUGCUCGACAUCAACACUACUGGCGUUGUGAAAGGAACAAAAGUAGCUAUGCUCCAUCUCGCAAAGCGCGGUGGUGGUGUCAUCGUAAACACAGCAAGCGUUGCUGGUUUCCUGGCCGGCCCCACCAUGAGCAUCUACAAUGCAUCGAAACACGGUGUUAUUGGCUGGACACGGUCUUGCGCGAUCUAUCAACCUGUGUGUAACGUUCGCGUGAAUGCCGUAUGCCCUACUUGGGUUGACACGGAUCUUGCUGUUGAUUUGGCUGAGAAUGACGAAGGCAAUCCAUUCACAGAAAUCUUUGCAAAGAUGCCCAGAGUGUCGAGCGAAACUGUCGUUGAGGCCGUAUUAACCUUGAUUGAAGACGAAUCGCGCAACACUCAAACCCUUUUGGCAUUACCGGGUGGUGUUAUUCGACCCCAAGAGCCUGUUUCUCAAUACCCCGAACUUGUGAACGAUGAGUUUGCACAAAUUGCUGCCAAGAGGAUUCCUGAUACCGUUGCUUACUAUAAACGGAAGUUGGAGGAAGCUCGCAAGAGAGAAGGCAUCUAGAUGUUACGUGUGAGCCCUUUAUGAUAACAUUGUAGUGACAUACCCAAAGUUUCGAACCGUGAGAAUAAAUAUAUUAAAUUGUCAGCAGUAUAUAUUUACUGUCUUUUGCUUUUUCUUGC